AUGCCCUCACCUCUCAUCCUGCGCCGCUGUCUCGCGGGUGAGUUGUCCCCGGAGGUGGACUCAAGGCCCUGCAGUAGCCCCUCAGAGUUCCCGGGGAAGGCGGGGAAGCUUUUCCUAGGGGCCACUCCUCCUCGGGCUCCUCGGCUGCCUCGCAGGUUAGCCUGGUACUCCAUUGACUGGGAACAGGUGUGCUUGCUACAGAGGCUGGGAACUGGAGGGUUUGGCUCUGUGUACAAGGCAACUUAUCGCGGCGUCCAGGUGGCUGUCAAGCAGGUGAAGAGGUGCACUAAGAACCUGCGAGCAUCCCAGCGGAGUUUCUGGGCCGAGUUGAACAUCGCAAGACUGCACCAUGACAACAUUGUGCGAGUGGUCGCUGCCAGCACGCGCACACCCGCGGGCUCCAACAGCCUAGGGACCAUCAUCAUGGAGUUUGGAGGCAACGUCACUUUGCACCAAGUCAUCUACGGGGUUCCCAGCCACACCUCUGAGGCGCUUGGAGCACCCCACCGCUGCGCUGGCGAGCAAUUGAGUUUGGGCAAGUGUCAGAAGUACUCUCUGGAUGUUGUCAACGGCCUGCUUUUCCUUCACUCACAAGGCAUUGUACACUUGGACCUGAAGCCCGCAAACAUUCUGAUCAGCGAGCAGGAUGUCUGUAAGAUCGGUGACUUCGGGUGCUCCGAGAGGCUGGAAGAUCAGUGGUGCCGUCCUGCUUACCACCUGGGGGGCACAUACACGCACAGAGCCCCGGAGAUCCUGAAGGGAGAGGCCAUCACGCCCAAAGCCGACAUCUACUCCUUUGCCAUUACGCUGUGGCAGAUGGCCACCAAGGAGAUGCCUUACUCCGGGGAGCGUCAGUACGUCCUGUAUGCGGUGGUUGCCUACAACCUCAGGCCGUCUCUGUCGGCGGCCGUCUUCAAGGACACUGUGACUGGACAAAGGCUUGGGGACAUCAUCGCGAGCUGCUGGAAGGCAAGUGCUGUGCACAGACCCAGUGCAGGUCUCCUCCUGGUGGACCUUAAGUCCUUAAGGACAGAGUUCACCUAA